CCUCUCUUGGAAAGUUGUCGAUAUUAUUGACGAUGUUGUGAAAAUGUCGUUUUUCAAGCGAAGUCCCUCCGAUUCCUCUUCAAACUACGGAGGAAUACCAUCAAAAAUGCCAACUCCAAUUCGCCAGAGAUCUCCAAUGCCAACAAAGCAGUUUCUUAGUCCACCUAGUGUUGAUCCAGAGCCGUUUUAUCUGCUGAAAGACCCACCUAUAUCGGGACCUGGUUCUGAGGUGACAGGUGAAACCCACAUGAUCAGCCACUAUGGUUUGGAGCACAGCUAUAACAAAUUCUCCACCAAGAAACUCAAAGAACAGCUCAGUGCAUUCUUGCCUCUCUUACCAGGGAAUAUUGACACUGUUAGUUCACAAGACAACAGCAGUCUUCAGUCUGUGAUUGAGAAACCUCCAAUUACAAAGGAAAUCACUACCUUUACUACAGGCAUGUUGCAAGGGUUCAAACUGCAUCCAGGAUCAAUUCCUGACCAGUAUAAGCUACUUCAUCAUCAACCUGCUAAGAAACACAAACACAAGAAGCACAAGAGAGAUCAUCGCAUACCGGAACUCAGUGAACCAAUGAGCGCAGGAGCUGAAGCUGGAGGAGACAAUGGCCAUGAGAAGAAACAUAAGAAAACCAAGAAACAUGGAGACCAAGAUGGAGAGAAGAAAAAGAGAGACAAGAAGAAGAAAAAGAAGAAGGCUCGUCAAGAUCCGAUGCACCCUGGCAUGCCUGCAACACACGAGGGCAGUGGACCAGGUAGGCCCUAACGACGUCCAACGUAUAUUAGUAAUAUGAAUGAACGUUAUUCAAGCAAAGACUGUAGCAGUUCUCCUGAAACGGAUAGUGAUAUCCAGAUGAAACCUUUCUGCAACUUAGCUCCUCUAGGGGGUGAAACCAGCUUUCAAAUCCCCAUUAUGUGUUCUGCAUAAAUCAUUAAAUUAUGUCUAACACACCAGCAGAGAGAGAGAGAGAGAGAGUGUGUGUGUGUGCAGAGAUAUCACAAGUAAACUACCUCCCAGUUCAAAGCUGAAUGUUUUUUAGCACAUUCCUGAAUGAAUCUGCCCUUAUCAUGGCUCAUCUACAUUUUGAUACUUUCCAAGCAAGUUGGGGGACUUGUACUUACUUUAUCAAGAAUAGUACACAGACCCUGGUGCAAUUAGAUUGAAGGUCACCCUAUACCAAAAGAUAGAUAAGAACAAGUUCCAGUAUUUUGAGCACAUUUCUAGAAGAGGAGGUGACAACCUGGAGAAGAUCAUUACCCAAGGUCAUGUUGAGGGUCAACAAAAACGUGGUAGACCAAGAGUUUGAUGGGCUGACGGAAUAAAAGAGAUGACUGGCAUGAACAUCUGCGCAGCUAAUCGCUAUGCCCAGGAUAGAAGUGGUUGGAAUGUCAUCAUCAAUAGGGUCACAAAGGGUCAGUGAUCAUGAUUUGUAGGACAACUGGUGCAAGAUCAUUCUGAUGCCGUGCUCAAGAGCACCUAUUCCAGAGCUGUGUCAGGAAGGAUUGAAGGGCUCCCUCUACUAGGACCAUGUUCAACUAAAUGUAUAAAUGAGAUUUUAAAAUCUCAUGGUUUUAAAUAUCACUAUCACACUUUCAUACAGUAAUUUAGUUGACCAUUAUAUAUGGUACUCAAGUAUUUCAAAUGAAACAAAAAGGGCUGACUGUAUUUCUGAUGACUUGAAAUGGCAUACAUUUUCAUCAUACCAAUUUGCUGUAGCAUGAUCUUAUUCAAAGUCAUGUAAAUCACACAAUAGAAAUGCAAUAUUGUCAAAUUGUUGAAUUAUUAAGCAUGCUAUUCAUGUCAUUUGUUUCAAUAUUCAGAUUAAGAAUGGGCUGGAAAUAGAGGAAUGAAAAAUGUAUAAUAAAUAACUUUUAUUUAUUGGGGAAAGUAAUUUUGAAAUAUAGCCAAUUUGUUUUUUCUCUACAGCUAGAAUACUAAUUAAACAAAUCUGAGUACUGGUAGAUCUAAUGAAAGAGGAAAAGGAUCAUCCUGAACCAAACACAAGAAUGCAGACACUACAUGUUCCUGUGUUGGGUUGGAUGAUACCCGCUCUUUCAUUGUUUUUAACUCAACUUUUUUACUCUGGAACUCUACGGUUUGUUUGAUACCGUAAGUAUUCUAGCAUUUCAAACACCUAAUCAUUGACAACAUGAUUCACUAAUUUAGCCUUGAUCAGGCCUUUUGAAUCAGCUUUUGUAAAUUAAUGUUUGCAUUUAGAAAAUGAAGAAAUAAAAGAGCAGGAGAGAAAAGGAGAGAGAGCAUUUUAUUAUAAAUAUUACAGGUAAUUAAUUCUGAAUUUUGGAAUCAUGAUGCUGAUUUUAGCUGUUGAGUUUCAAAGAACUUUGAAGUUGUUUUAUUUCUUUUGAUAUCAUCAUGUGUCCAGCAGAAGUUCACCAACAUAGAUUUGAUCAAGUUUUACCAUUUAUAUUAUUGGUGUUGAAAAGAUAAAGAAAUAUUAAGAGAAGACUAUUAAGUGCCAAUGUAGAUGUAGAUUGUGUAUGGUGUAUGUUUUGAAUGUGUUGUUUGGAUUAAUCAAAGGAGACGAAAACUUGAAAUAGUUCAGUUUCCAUGCAUCCAAUCAUUCUCUUCUGCUAUUAAAGCACAUGAUAAUUUCAACGACAAAACACCAAGCAGAGUGAUGGUAUAGACAAGAAUUUAUGUUACAUGUAUUGUAUAUUUUAAUUUCUCUAAUACAUGUAGUUGCAUGCUGGUAACAAGUGUUCUAAAUGAGAAAAAAUCUUGCAGAGCAGUGACUCUUGUUUAUGUAAAUGUAUGAAUAGAUGCAUGUUUUUAUUAUUUUAAAUGGUAUGAAGAUGUCUCAUUCUUAUUAAUACAAAUGUAAAAGAAAGAAAAAAAUAAGAAAAUUAUUUAAAAUGAAA